GGCUCAUCUAUGAUCCACGUGCAUACCGUUGAGGUUAUGUGUGAUUGUUUUAUUUUGGUUUGUAAGAGGCUCUUCGAAUUACUGAGAGUUAAAGUCAAGACAAAGUCAUGUCUCGUCCAGAACACUUGGCUCCUCCCGAUAUAUUUUAUAAUGAAGAAGAAGCUAAGAAAUAUACCCAGAAUGGAUUAUAGUUCCAGAAUCAUUGAGAUUCAAGAGCAGAUGUCUGAGAGAGCCAUAGAACUAUUGCUUUUGCCUGAAGACACUUCUUGUUUUAUCUUAGAUAUUGGUUGUGGGUCUGGAUUAAGUGGUAGUGUUUUGGAAGAGCAGGGUCAUUUUUGGAUAGGCCUUGAUAUUUCUACUGCUAUGCUAGAUGUAGCUAUGGAGAGAGAAGUGGAAGGGGAUUUAAUCCUUUCUGAUAUGGGCCAGGGUUGUCCUUUCAGAGCAGGGUCUUUUGAUGGAGCGAUUUCAAUUUCUGCACUUCAGUGGUUGUGUAAUGCAGACAAAACAUCUCACAAACCAAUACAGAGGCUCGGCAAAUUUUUUAGUACCCUGUACUCUUGUUUGAGUAGAUCGGCAAGGGCUGUAUUUCAAUUUUACCCAGAGAAUGCUGAACAAAUGGAACUUGUAACAUCCCAAGCAAUGAGGGCUGGCUUCUAUGGGGGAGUGGUUGUAGAUUAUCCCAACUCGACCAAAGCCAAGAAGUUUUUUUUAGUUCUGAUGACUGGUGGCAAUGUACCAUUGCCUAAAGGUUUGGGAGCCGAGGGAAACUCACAAAGUGUCAGCUAUGCAACGCGAGAAAGAGCAAAACAGCAGAAGGGGAAGCCAUUGAAGAGUGUGAAAAAUUGGAUUAUGGACAAGAAAGAGCGAAGGAGAAAACAAGGGAAAAAUGUGAGGCCUGAUUCAAAAUACAGUGGCCGAAAACGAAGCGGAAGAUAUUGAUUAUUUGUAUAUAUUCAAUAUAUUAUUUUUUGUCUCUUUGCAUAAUUUUACCUUCUUUCAAUCAGAUUAAUUUAUUAUAUUAUGUUAUUUUAUAA